AUGGUGAUCUCAGCUAACUCAAAUCCAUUGCUUAUGGCGCGCUCACAGAACCCGCUGGAUGUACCAUCCGGACGACAAUCAAAGCCCCAUGGACUUCUGGAUUUUGUUGAUCACGAGGGAGUAACACAAUCUCCGGCUGAAUGGCCGAAAGCGGUGACAGCCCACCUGAAUGGGUUCUUCGGCUAUUUAAAUGAGUCUACAGGAGUCCCUUAA